AUGGAGCGUCAAUCAACCAUCCGCUCAAGCCUCAACAAGUGGGAACGUAAUCAACUCCUCACGGCCUCAUCAACCUCCCAAGAACAAGUCGCAUCAUCAGCAUCACCCGACAAUGAGGCAACCGAGAAAAUCAACCCGUUCACGAUGGAAUCAUUGCAAUCAAAUACUCGCUUCCGAACAAGAUGCAAAUAUGUUGAAUUGAAGCAGGAAUUUGACAGAACUGUAUGUGUUGGAGGAGGUCGUGAAGCUGAUUCUGGAUUCUAUGGAAGGGUUAUUGUGACUUGUGAGCAUGCUCAACGAGUCAAAUUGGGAAAGAUAUCUAUUGAGAUUGUUGGAUUUGAAGAAAUCAUCUCAUCGACAUCACGUCGCAAUCCAACCCGUCGUCCAUUCUAUUUCGAAAAGGUUGACUUGCAAUCAAAAGAUCUACCACCAUCAGAUGCCGUAAUCAGUGGUAAAGCGGACGAGGAUAGCUGCUGGUUGGCCAGAAAAGGACGUACCGCCUUUGAUGUCAAGAUCCCAAUGACAUCUGGCACCAACACGUCAACAAAGCUGAGUGAACGAGGUGGUCCAUUGCCAUCGUCAUUCUGGUCUCGCAAGUUUGGUGGUAUUCGAUACAUUGCUACAACCAUCGCUGAAGUCAAAGUAAACAACCGAAAACCAAUCACUUUGGUCAGUCAACGUGAGAUGCAAGUAAUCGAAUACUCCCCAGCUACCAAAGUCCCUGCCUUCCCAUCAAGCAUCCCAAUGCACUCUCUACUGAUGGCAUUCGAUACAAAGACUGUUGGCAAUUGGUACAGGGGCCGGGGUGAUGUUACUUUGCAAGCUGAAGUCCAUGUACCUGAAGAUGGUAUGGACGAUGCUGUAUCUGGAAAGUGCUGGGCUGCUGGAAGUGUCGGGUUUGUUGGUAUUGAGGUUGCUAAUGACUCGCCCAAGCCUAUCAAGAACUUGUAUGUCAGCCUCAUUCGACGACUCAAGACCUUCGCAGUGACUGAAGACGGACAAUUGUCUCCAGUAUCGUUUUCUCGCACGAAUGUAUACGAAAAAGUCUUUCGUGCUAUGCCGUCAAAGGGCAAACAAGAUGGCAAUAUACGCGUUCCUGCUGAAGGUUGGGCUGAAGACGACAGCUCUACCAGUGUGCUAGGAUCAGCUGUGCCCAAGAACUUUGUUUGGGAUGGUGUUGAUUCUGGUGACACUCGACGAUUCGUUGUGGAUAUGGAAAUACCAUUGUCGAUUCGGUCCAUUCGAUUCGGGAUGUUGGUUGAUGUAUCUUUCUGUCUUCAAGUUGCCAUUCAUCCAACAUACGGGCCAAAGAUGUCUGUCGAAGUGCCAGUAUUGAUCUUACACCCAGCAUCACUCUAUCCCUCAUUGCCACCCCUUCGUCUUAUCCAAAAGACUCAAUCACCGAGCAAAAACUUGGCCAUAAACGAAUUGCUCGUCCCAUCACCAAGCAGUCCAGUCAUCCAAACUAAGACUGUUAGUAUUGUACCAGAACCAACAAUCGCCUUGUCUCCAUCACGAACCGCUGUACAAAACCAUGAACACGAACUUGAAACGGCUGGUAUGGCCAAAGAAUCCGGAUACACAUUAUUGGGUGAUGACGAAGACGACGAUGCCAUAGCACCCAUAACGGUCGAGAAGCCAGCGACUACAUUGGAACGUGCAUUCGGUAGUGCUCGAUCCAUCAGUAUCACUGGUAAAGAGGCAGGCUACCACAGGAAAUCACGAGCAAAUGCUCCUGCCUUUGCCAUCAAGUCUAUUGUCGCCAACUCUGGAAGCAAUAAUACAGCACCCGCUGCUGAAAAGACAACAACCGAUGAAGAGUACAGGAAACGUGUUCAAGAAAUGCUUACUCUUGCACCAUCUGAAGGCUUGAAUGACGAUGUAUCAACCACUAUCGAUCAGAUGUUUAGAGCUACAGUCGACACGCUGUAA